AUGCUAUCUCUACAGGAUCCCUCACAGUCAAACCUUCACCUUGAGAAACUAGCUAAGGAAAACUGGCUUUUUCUUCGUCAUGCAGAAGAGAGUUUUUUCAGACAACGAUCAUGCAUUAAGUGGUUGGCAGAAGGUGAUUUCAAUACUUCAUUCUUCCACAAGGUCAUGAAAGCUCGUAAUGUGUACAACUCGGUAAAUCCAGUUCUCUCCAGACCUUCCGGAGUUUCUAGAGAGCCUUCCCCUACCGACCUGCUCCGAGACUCACCUGGUGAUGCUUUCUGCAGUUUAUACAGAGGAAAUAUUAAGAAAUCAUUGUCAGGAAUGCCUACAAACAAAACUCCGGGGCCUGAUGGGUUCCCAGCUGAGUUUUUCAGAGCUGCUUGGAGUAUUAUGGGUCCCGAAAUAUUAUUGGCUAUCAAAAGGUUUUUUGAAGCACCGUUCAUGCCUAAAGCUCUAAAUUCUACAUUCCUGGUGUUGUUGCAGAAAAGACCGGGAGCUGAUCAACUCAAGGAUUAUAGGCCCAUAUCAUGUCUUAACACGUUAUACAAACUGAUUACUCGGCUCAUUGCUGAUAAGAGUUUCUCCUGCCUGAGUUGA